AUGAAGGCAGCACGUUUUUACGGCAAAGGCGAUGUUCCGAUCGAAGACACACCCAAACCGGAGCCAGCACAUCACGAAGUCCUAAUCGAAGUCGAAUGGUGCGGAGUUUAUGGGACAGACCUUCAUGAAUAUCUCCUUGGACCCCUGGUCGUUCCACCAAAAGAGCGACCACACUCCAUUACCAAGGAACACCUCCCCAUCGUGCUUGGCCAUGAGUUCACAGGACGAAUCGUGAAAGCCGCCGGAGGCUCAGACCUAAAAGUCGGCGAAGCAGUAAUGGUAGAUCCUAGAAUCAAUUGUCAAUCAUGCUACCCCUGCAGCAACAAGCUCGAGCACCUGUGUGACAAAUGGGGCUUUGUUGGGCUGUCAGGUGGUGGAGGUGGAUUCUCCGAAUUUGUGGCUGUUGAUGCGAGGAUGUGCUAUCGUAUCCCUGAUGACGUCAAAAAUCUGGAUGAGGUUGCCCUGAUCGAGCCUUUUUGUGUUGGACGACAUGCGCUGCCAGCUUCUGGAAUCAAGGACUUCUCCGAGCUGACGGUGCUAGUGGUUGGUGGAGGACCAAUCGGUCUCAGUGUUCUGUGA